AUGCCUUUCCCGCCUGUGCCGCCGCCGCCCGCCCCGGCCCCAGGGGUCCUCGCCGCGCGCCAGCCCCGGAGGCCCAGCGCGCAGCCCGCGCCCUCGCCGCCCGCCGCCGCCGGGGAGAAGAAGCGAAGGUCCCCGGAGAGGCCCGAGGUGCUUUUCUCCAGCUCCUGGCCCUCGGCCACCCUGAAGAGGCCGCCAGCCCGGCGCGGCCCCGGCCCGGCCAGGACUCAGCCGCCCGCCCCUCCGCGCGCCCCGCCCCAGGCCUCGCCCGGCCGCGCGCGGGCUCCGGCCACGUGCGCCUCGCCCCGGCCAGGCGGCUCUGGCUACACCCCGGCGAGGGCCGCCUGCGCGGGGACCUCCGCGGCGACUGGGGCCACCGUCUCGGGGAGCUCGGCGCGGGCAGGCGCCGGGCCGGACGACGCCGUGCGCUUCUCCUUGAGCCUCACCCCCGAGGCUGUCCUGGUCAUCCAGAGGCGCCACCUGGAGAAGCAGCUGCAGGCGCGGCCCCGCAGGCCCUUCCCCUCGCCCUCGGCCGACCCCCGGCGCCUGCUUGCUCCCUGUCCCCUAGCCAGGGCCGCCAGUCCGCGGAGGGGCGGCGCCGCCAGCAGCCCCGACGCAUCCCCAGCCGCGGGCCUUGGCCGCCGACCGUCGCGGUUCCCGCUGCUGCCCGGCGGCCUGCAGGCCCCCGAGCCCGGCCCCCGGCCCGCCGACCUGCGCCCGGUGCUCAAGGUGUCGCUGCUCAACGAGCGGCACAAGUACGACGACGUGGAGUACGAGGAGGAGACCGAGGCCCUGGACGAGGGCCUGGUGCGCAAGUGCACCGAGUGGCUGCGCGGCGUGGAGUCGGCGGCCGCCGCGCGGGACCGGGCCGGGCGCCUGGGCGCGCUGCCUCACCUGAGCACGCUGUGA